AGUCUGUUAAACUUUAAACCACCACAGGCCACCUUGCGGCCAGCAUCGCCUGGUCCUCGGACAGCAUUCCAGCCGGUUGGGGCUGUAUCUUUGCAUGUGAGGCAAGGGAAGAACCAGUGCGGAAAUGCAAACGCACUGUCGUUUAGUGACCCAUAUUGCGAAAACCAGCAAAAGGAAGUUGUGUUUUGCUGCUGCCUGAAGUCAGUCCUGGAGAGAAGUACGUGCGCCACAGAAGACAGAACCUCCUGAACUGCUCCACUUCAAAACUGCUGGGCAAGAAAAAGAUUUUCAGCAAAUCCUGCCCCGCCUCAGUCUCAUGCAAGGCCUCGGCUGACCAACCCAAAGGACCCAGAAAGCAGCCGGCAGGGAGCCUGUCACCCGCCCUUCACCUCAGUGCCCUGUGGAGUCUGCCAGCCUCAGGUCUGACACUUGACUGAGUGACACUCGAAGGGGCGUUUCCUCUACAAGGUUUUCCAGAAGAGGCACCAUGUGAGAGCAUGAAACAGCCCCAGAAGCCCCCAGCCAGCCCCUCACAGAGGUCAGAGAACUCAGCUUUGAGAAUGGAGCCAGAAAGGGGGUCCUCAACACCCCCGGCCCCCAGUGCCACCAUGGAGGAGCCAGACGCUGGGCCUAAUAAUGCCUCCCUGGAGCAACCAAGCACAGACCCAGGGAAGCUCCCAGCCCUCCCUGUCGGGCCUGGAACUCACUACGGGGAGCUUGCCUCUGGGAGCCCUGGCAGCCAGGCCUCUGCUGGGGACAUGAGCUCAGUGGGUGAGGCCAGCAGCUCUAAGAUCCCUAACCGGGACAGCGGGAUAGACAGCCCGUCCUGCAGCGUGGUCGGCGAGCACUUCUGUGAGGACAGCGGCGAGGCGGGCCCAGGUACCAUCAUCAAAGGGCCACACCCGGGGACAGCCCUGGGCGGCAAGUCUCCACAGGAGGAGGCUGAUAGCGAUGCAGGCGAGGGGAGCAGUGAGGAGCCAGACCCCGAGAACAACCCUUCUAAGGUUGACAUGGAUCCAGCCAAGUGCUCUGAACCUCAGAAGUUGCUCCACAUCGCCCAGGAGCUCCUGCACACGGAGGAGACCUAUGUGAAGCGGCUGCACCUGCUAGACCAGGUUUUCUGCACCGGGCUGACAGAAGCAGGGAUCCCUUCAGAAGUCACCACAGGCAUCUUCUCUAACAUCUCCUCCAUCUAUCGCUUCCACGGGCAGUUCCUCCUGCCUGAGCUGCAGGCGCGGAUCACGAAUGAGUGGGAUGUGAACCCCCGACUUGGAGACAUCCUGCAGAAGUUGGCCCCGUUCCUCAAGAUGUAUGGUGAAUAUGUCAAGAACUUUGACCGGGCUAUGGAGCUGGUGAGCACCUGGACCCAGCGCUCACCUGUAUUUAAAGACACUGUCCAAAGCAUCCAGAAGCAGGAGCUGUGCGGAAACCUGACCCUGCAGCACCACAUGCUGGAGCCCGUGCAGAGGGUCCCCCGCUAUGAGCUGCUGCUCAAGGACUAUCUGAAGAGGCUCCCAGAGGAUGCGCCAGACUGGAAGGAUGCAGAGAGGUCCUUGGAGCUCAUCUCCACAGCUGCCAACCACUCCAACGCUGCCAUUCGGAAAAUGGAGAAAAUGCACAAGCUUUUGGAGGUGUACGAGAGACUGGGUGGGGAGGAGGACAUCGUCAACCCUGCGAACGAGCUGAUCAAGGAGGGCCACAUCCAGAAGCUGUCGGCCAAGAAUGGCACCACCCAGGACCGCCACCUCUUCCUGGGUGGUCCUCUCUGGGGUCAGACACCCUCAUCGCGUGCCUGCCCGUCCCUAUCGCAGUUCAACAGCAUGAUCCUUUACUGUGUGCCCAAACUGCGGCUUAUGGGCCAGAAGUUCAGUGUCCGGGAGAAGAUGGACAUUUCCGGCCUCCAGGUGCAGGAUAUCGUCAAGUCAGGGGUGGCCCACACAUUCAUCAUAACUGGAAAGAAAAGAUCCCUGGAGCUACAAACUCGGACAGAAGAGGAGAAGAAAGAAUGGAUUCAGGUCAUUCAAGCCACCAUUGAGAAGCACAAGCAGAACAGCCAGACUUUCAAGGCCUUCAGUGGCUCCUUCAGCCAGGAUGAGAAUUCCCCCCUCACUCCAGAAUCCCCUAUGAUGAGCCCCAGCUCCGAGGUGCCCGCAGUGCCAGCCAACAGUGGAGGGGGAGCUUCAGGGUCUGAGCCCAGGAGAGGGUCCUCUAAGACCAGACGUGACAAGGAGAAGCAGGGCUGCAGCAGCUGUGGUGAGACCUUCAACUCCAUCACCAAAAGGAAACACCACUGCAAGCUGUGUGGGGCGGUCAUUUGUGGGAAGUGCUCUGAAUUCAAGGCUGAGAAUGGCAGGCAGAGCCGUGUCUGCAAAGAGUGUUUCCUGACCCAGCCAGUGGCCCACUUGAACCUCAGCCUUGAGGAGCCCCUGGAGCCCAAGCAGAGCACAGAGAAGCCAGUCGCUGCAGAGCCCCCACCCAGCCUGCUCUGCGGCCCCCUGCAGGUGUCAGAUGGCGGCACAGCAUGGAGCAAGGCGUGGGCUGCCAUCUCUGAGUCAGACUCCCUGGAGUUGGUGCUGCACCUCCACGAAGGCAGCCAGCAGGAUGGCCAGCUGCUCCAUGCCAUCCCCCUCUCCGGCUGCAGGGUGAGUGUGCUGGACCCUGCAGAGAGACUGGAUGCCAGGCACGUGUGGCAGCUGCAGCAGGCCCAGCAGUCUUUGUACCUGAGCGCCCCGUCUGCCGAGCUGCAGCAGCAGUGGCUGGAGGCUCUCAGCUCAGCAGCCCAUGGGCAUUCAUCCCAGGCCAGCCUGGGGGCCCAGCAGCCCCAGGCCCCAGCUGCCCCAUGAGCUGAGUCUCUGCCAUGUCUCCUAACUGUGCAGCCACCACGGCAGGGCCUAUGCUCUUCUGAGAGGUGGUGUCAAGGCUCCACAUGGGCAUGAAGAGAUCCUGGACCUCUGAGGGACCGACAGGCCACACAGCACUUGGCUCUGGAGGGUUCCUCCAUGUCAGAGAGGAGAAAAAUGAGGCCCAGAGAAGGGCAGCCAACUGCCUAAGUCAUCCAGCAUGUCUCUCAAUGAGCUGGGCUUCUGCCUGCAGGCCCAGUCGUGUGGCUCAGAGUUGGGCGUAGGGUGACUGUCAAGUAAAGUCUGUCUGAGUGGGCCAUGAGCAGUCACCUGUGCCAGAAGACAGAAGGAGCUCAUGGGCGGUGCCCAGGGACACCUGGUGGAUGUCUGCAGUCAUGCCAUCCCUCCCAAUGAGUGCCCACCAUCCACACCAUCUACAUGCAUGCGAGCUGAACCAGACCUGGCCCCUGGACUCCACCUCUCUUCCUUUUCCUCUCCCGGCGACUGGGCACAGCAUUGUGCUGCCUUGUAGUUUGACACUCCAUUUGGAGAUGCCCAAGGGGGCGAGUGGUACGUUCCUAAAUAACCAUGCUGCAAAACUACAGGGGGACCACACAGGCAUUGUGUGGGGCCCCGAGAUUUGUGCCUGCCUCCCCUGGCGGGUGGUGGACAGUGCUUAUCUGCAUAAAUAAAUAAAUAAUGGCAGCCAA